AUGGUGAUGUCCGGACCUAGUCGGCAAGCCUUUCACGCUGUUCCCCGGAUCUUAUUUCCAUCAUCCAUUGGUUUGAAGAAAAUAAAACCUCACAAUAUAACUGAAGAAUCUGCUUCAAAUGCCUCUGAGUUUAAUGAAACAGAGUAUGCUCAUCUAAGUGAUCUAAAAUAUACAUCUAAUGUCUGCGAAAAGGAUUUUAAGCUUAAGUUCGCCCAGAGUGGCUCAAAAUCUUGCUCCCAAAUCUUGUCUGUUGGAGCCGAUCAUCUUUCUCCUCAAGCAAAGGAGUUAUUUGCUUACAUUGACUCGAUUCCCGGCCUGGUAAGAGAUGUAUUGUCGUUCAAAAGAGAAGAGAUUGAUGACAGAAGUAGAGAAGGCAAGAUAUCUCAUAAACAAGAUAUGACGGAGGAGCAACAAAUUUUUCAGUCAGGGGACGAAAUGGAGCUUAUUGGUGGGUGUGAUGGUUCGGAGCUGAAUCAUGUAAGUCGUGAAAGGUUGCACUCAGGUGAAAAAGAGUUAUUUAUUCCUGACCUCGAUGCUGACGACUCUUAUACGUCCGAUCUUCGAGAAGACAACAUUUCCUCUAGACGGCAAUCAGUUGAAAGAGCAUUAAUCGAUUAUUUGCUAAAUACUCGGAUAAAUAUCAAUGUUCGUCAGGUUUACAACCUUGCAUAA